UUCCGUCCGGAAUAUCGAAAUCUGAAAGACCUAUGGCCACCGGUACGAAAAGAACACAGCAAGAAAUAUCAUCACAUCUUCUGCUUACCAAUCCUGUUAUUAUCGCUGCCAGCAUAGAUAGACCAAACAUAAUGUUCCAUGUGACAAAAAGACUUCCAAACAACAGAAUUGAAGAGUCUUUUAAGGAGAUCUUCAAACCACUUAUUGAUGAAUUGCGCAGUAAACAGGAAUGUUUUCCACGAACAAUUGUUUACUCAUCACUUAAAUGGUGUGGAUUUGCUCACGAAUUGUCCUUAAUGCCAACUUUUGACAGUGAUAUAGAUGAUAUAUCUGGUCUGGUGGCUCAAUUCCAUGCCUCAUGCACUAACAAGAUGAAGAAAGAGGUGAUCGAUGGCAUGCAGACCAUGAAUUGUGGUAUCAGAUUGUUAUUUGCAACUGAGGCAUAUGGGAUGGGUGCAGAUCCAAAACAAGUCAGGCGAAUUAUCCAUGCCGGUGUACCAAGAACAAUGGAAAGUAUGUUAAAAUGCAUGUAGUUCAGUCUAAAUGUAGUAAUGCAAUGUUACGCACAAAAUUCAUGAAUUUUCAGAGCGCAUUGUACAUAUUUGACAUACAAUGUGUAAAACCAAGUUCCUUUAUUGUGUGCAUG